AUGGACACCCCGCCGUCCACAUCGGCCUCGGCCGCAACCGCGUCCGACCCGGACUCGGCGCUCGUCGCGGCCGUGGCGGACGCGCUCGUAUCGGCGUCCCGCCUGCCCGCCCCGGUGCCCAUGCCCACCCUCCUGGCCGCCUACCUCCCGCGCCUCACCGCCUCCCACCACCCGCGCGUGCUCGCCGUCGCGGCCUCCAAACCGGCGCUCGCCUCGCCGGAGCCGCUCCUCGCCUACCGCAGCUUCCUCUCGCCGCCCUCCUGCCUGCCCUCCCUCCUCCCGCUCCUCCCCGUCCUCCCCUACCGCCACCUCUUCCCGCUGCUCCUCUCCUUCGUCCCGCUCGACCCGCUCCGCCACCUCCACCGGCACCUCCUCGGCCACCUCCCCUCGACCCCUCUCGCCGACGCCGCGCUCUGCGCCUACUCCCGCCUCCGCCUCCCCCACCUCGCCGCCCAGCUCCUCCACUCCCUCCGCCGCCGCAUCCGCGUCCGCCCCUCCCUCCAGGCCGCAAACGCCGUCCUCUCCGCGCUCGCGCGGAGCCCCUCCACCUCCCCGCAGGCCUCCCUGGACGCCUUCCGCUCUCUCAUCGCGCUCCGCCUCCACCCCAACCACUACACCUUCAACCUCCUCGUGCACACCCACUGCUCCAAGGGCACCCUCGCCGACGCCCUCGCCACGCUCUCCACCAUGCAGGGGUUCGGCCUGUCCCCCGACGCCGUCACCUACAACACGCUCCUCCACGCGCACUGCCGGAAGGGCAUGCUCGGUGAGGCGAGGACGCUGCUGGCGAGAAUGAAGAAAGAGGGGAUCAUGCCCACGCGGCCGACGUACAAUACCCUUGUGUCGGCUUACGCAAAGCUGGGGUGGAUUAAGCAGGCGACCAAGGUCUUGGAGGCCAUGACAGCCAACGGGCUGGAGCCUGACCUGUGGACGUACAAUGUGCUUAUCGCUGGGCUGUGCCAGGCAGAGAAGGUGGAUGAGGCGUUUAGGCUGAAGGAUGAGAUGGAGCGGCUUGGCACUUUGUUGCCUGAUGUAGUGACCCACAAUACACUCGCUGAUGCGUGCUUUAAGUGGAGGUGUUCGUCUGAUGCACUGAGGCUGCUUGAGGAAAUGCGUGAGAAGGGGGUGAAACCGACUUUGGUCACACAUAACAUUGUUAUCAAGGGGCUUUGCAAGGAUGGGGAAUUGGAGGAGGCGUUGGGGUGUUUCAAGAAGAUGGCAGAUGAAGGUUUAGCACCAGAUGUGAUCACGUAUAAUACGUUGAUUGAUGCAUACUGCAAGGCUGGUAAUGUCGCCAAAGCAUUUGCACUAAUGGAUGAGAUGGUCGGUAGAGGACUCAAAUUGGACACCUUUACGCUUAAUACUGUGCUAUAUAAUCUGUGCAAGGAGAAGCGUUAUGAAGAGGCUCAAGGGCUGCUACAGUCUCCAUCCCAAAGGGGUUUUGUGCCCAAUGAAGUCAGCUAUGGCACAGUGAUGGCAGCCUACUUCAAUGAGUAUAAUCCGGAGCCUGCUCUGCGUCUGUGGGAUGAGAUGAUUCAGAGGAAGUUGACACCAACUAUUUCGACUUACAACACAUUGAUCAAGGGGCUUGGCAGAAUGGGGAGGUUGAAAGAGGCGAUUGAUAAGUUGAAUGAGCUCAUGGAGAAGGGGUUGGUACCAGAUGACACCACGUACAAUAUCGUCAUCCAUGCCUACUGCAAGGAAGGGGACUUGGAGAAUGCCUUCCAGUUCCACAACAAGAUGGUGGAAAAUUCCUUUAAGCCGGAUGUUGUUACUUGCAACACUUUGAUGAAUGGACUGUGUCUGCAGGGGAAGCUUGACAAAGCAAUGAAGCUCUUUGACUCAUGGGUAGAGAAAGGGAAGAAGGUUGAUGUUAUCACAUAUAACACCCUAAUACAUGCUAUGUGCAAAAAUGGGGAUGUUGAUGCUGCUUUGCAAUUUUUCGCUGAUAUGGAGGUCAGAGGAUUGCAGGCUGACGCGUUUACCUACAAUGUUGUGUUAUCUGCACUAUCUGAGGCAGGGAGACCAGAAGAAGCUCAAAGUAUGCUGCAUAAGUUAUCUGAGAGUGGAAAAUUGUCUCGAAGCUUUUCUUCUCCCCUCUUGAAGCCUUCUCCUGUAGAUGAAACAGAGUCAGGGAAGGAUCACGAGGGUAAUACUGAGGAAGAAACUGGUGGAAAUCCACAAGAUAGUGCUCUGGAAGCCUACACGAAACGCGUAAAUGAGCUAUGCACCGGUGGGCAAUUCAAAGAAGCUAAGGCCAUUUUGGAUGAGAUGAUGCAAAAGGGAAUGUCUGUUGACAGUUCAACGUAUAUAACUUUGAUGGAAGGGCUUAUCAAGAGGCAGAAAAGGCAAACACAUGCAGCUGGGUAGUACAUACUAUUGAUCUUUGCUGCUCUUUGAUGUGGCAUCAACCGGAGUUUAGUCAUAAAUCUGGUAAAUUUCAGUGCUUGAUAUCUCGGAGGAGUGUGAUGGACUUAAAAGAAACAGGAGCCAAGCAUAGGACACUGCUGCCUCCUUGCCCCCGCCGGCUUGGUUGGUCACGCACGGCCCAUGCAGUGGACUACAGGAAGAUAGAUACACAGACCUCUCGUCAGCUCGUUGUAAUUUUUCGUUGGCUGUGCGUGUUUGACGGCCGUUCCACGGCUAAGUUUACUGCCACAUGGUCAGUAUUUUAAUUCGCCUGUUAGGUGCGGGGUAUAUAUACAAGACUUUAGAAAUGAAUGCAGAGACUGCUUUUGUUUGUGUGUUC